AUGCUGCGUAGUGCAGUAUCUAUCUAUCUAUCUAUCUAUCUAUCUAUCUAUCUAUCUAUCUACUUAUGUUUCUAUCUAUCUAUAUAUGUAUCUAUCUAUCUAUCUAUCUCUAUUGUUCAAAUCUAUCUAUAUCCAUACAUCUAUCUAUCUAUCUAUCUAUCUAUCUAUCUAUCUAUCUAUCCAUAUCUAUCUAUCUAUCAAUCUAAUCUAUUAUGUUUCUAUCUAUCUAUCUAUGUAUCUAUCUAUCUAUAUAUAAUAUCUGUCUAUCUAUCUGUAUAUAUCUAUCUAUCUAUCUAUCUAUCUAUCUAUCUAUCUAUCUAUCUAUCUAUCUAUCUAUCUAUCUAUCUAUCUAUUAUGUUUCUCUAUCUAUCUAUGUAUCUUAUCUGCUUUCUAUCUAUCUAUCUAUCUAUCUUCUAUCUUUCUAUCUAUCUAUAUAUCUAUCUUAUCUAUCUCUCUAUCUAUCUAUCUAUCUAUCUAUCUAUCUAUCUAUCUAUCUAUCUAUCUAUCUAUCUAUCUGCUUAUGUUUCUAUCUAUCUAUAUAUCUCUAUCUAUCUAUCUAUCUAUCUAUCUAUCUAUCUAUCUAUCUAUCUAUCUAUCUAUCUAUCUGCUUAUGUUCCUAUCUAUCUAUAUAUCUGUGAAUCGUCUUUUUUCUUUCUUUUUUUUCUUUUUUUUUUUUACUUUUGUUCUUUUUUCUUUGUUCCUUUUAGAUUUAUUGAUUUAUUUAUUUUAAACGAACUAACAUUUUUCUCUGUUUUUUUUUUUUAUCUCCAAUUUCUCUUUUUUCUCUUUUCUCAUGUAUUACUUUUUCUAUUUCCUUUUUUUCGUUCUUCCUCGCUUUCUUUCGUUUGUUAUGUCUUUCUUCCUUUCGAUCAAACUGGCCACUAUUUUUCCCUUUUUUUCUGUUCUCUUUCAAUUUUCUUUCUGUCUUUCUUUCUUUCUUUCUUUCUUUCUUUCUUAAUUUCUUUCGUUUUAACUGAUCACCAUUUAGCUCCUUUUGUCCUCUUCUUGUAUUACAUUAUUUUUUUUUUAAUCUUCUUUCUUUCUUUCUUUUUUUUCUUUCUUUUCUUUUUUUUUUUUUUAAAAAAUUUCUCUUUUAGCUCUUUUUUGUCCUCUCUUCUCGUAUUACAUUCUUUCUUUCUUUUCUUUCUUUCUUUUUUUUUUUAA